GGCAUCUCCUUGGAGACUCUGACGUCAAUGGCCCGGAAUAUUCCCAGAUCCAGUUCCAAAAGCUCGUUCCUUUGAAGAUUGAAGAAGAAGCAAAGUUUCCUGCUGGAAGAAAACCAACCACAAGCGAAGCAGCGCGAGCAUUCUCCAGUCAUGGAAGAAUAGACCAUCCGAAGUUGCAGGAGCUAUUGUAAGUUGAAAUCGCCUCUGCAUCUGAUCUGUAGCUAGCUAGGUUGUUGUUUUGUAUGUGUUGUUGUUGUUCACUCAGCAUAUCGGUUUUGCUUGCAAGAUUUCUGGUUGGUGAUUAGUUUGCUCUUGUGUUUAAGUGUGGCCCCUUCUUGACUGUGAGGUGUGUAGGUUAUGCAGCUUAAUAGAUACAUACUUGCCAGCAAAGCGCACAUUAAAUGCAUGUGUGCAUGGCUAAACUCGUGUCGACAACGCUUUUUAUUUACUGUUAAUAUACGCGUGGCUAAGAGUCUGUUACCUGCAUGGCCUUGAACCCUUUGGUGGGGGGGGGGGGGGGGUGUCCGUAGCACUCAAGUAAUCAAUCAGAAUGUGUGUGGAAGGUUCUUCAACAGUAGGGUCACAGGACAGCAUCUUCUUGUUUUUGGAACCGUUGUCGAACCAGCCUUCGGGGUGCAAUGAUGGAUUACUCAUGGCACUCCAGUCUAUUGAGGGAGCACUCUGCUGUUAGUACCUGCCUAAGGGAAACCAGCACAGGAUCCUGCCAUAAUUGGGAGUGCUAAGAUCUCGUUAUCAGUUCCAAUAGUUAGUUAGCUAGGAUCAUUAGAAAAUAGCUAGCUUCUUGGCUUAUGCUAAUCUAUUAUGACAGCUUUUUUAGUAUCUUAACUCUGUGCCUACUGCACAUGGAAUUGGUAAGUUCAGGCUUUAACUAAACUAUAGGUGUGCCAAGGGAACUGUAGCCUUUGACUGGAUUAGUGAAGAGUAGUCUUGAGCACUUGUGCAAGCCUUGCGUGCCAGGCUUGUUGCAACUGGAGUCGACAAGGGCUUCAAGAGCAAGGAGGUGUUGUCUCUGUGAGUCUACUGUUGUUGAACCAUCCCACACAUUCUGGUUGAUUACUUCUGUGCUCAGUUAAUGGUACUCACAGUCACAGGGUCCCUUUAUUUCAUUAUGCCCUUGGUGAAUCCUGUCCCUUGAGCAGGGAAACUACUGGUGGUAAUGUUUUCAAUGGGGGUGUCAUUGGUGGUGGUUAUGUUCUCAUUGGUGGUGAUAAUGUUCUCAAUGGUGGUGAUAAUUGGUUGAUAUUAUUUGUUUUCUAAGGUUGUGGAGAUUUGUUGUUGAUCGGUUUUGUUUGAACUGCUGCGCUCAUUAUAACAUGUAUUUGCUUGUUCUCUUGCAGCCACAAUGCACACACACACACAGCUCUUCCUACUAGCUAGUGUACUAGUGUUCCAUUCUCUCACUGCUUUUGUCUCCUCUCUUCCCCAGGUACAGACAAGCCAUGCUGCUCUGGAACUGAGGGAGGAGUAGCUAGCUAGCUUUGUCUAUUGUGUGUAUGUGUGUGCAGAUACUAGUGCAGUGGGGGGAGAGAGGCUCGUCUGUACACUGGCUGGACUGUAAGGGGGAGGGGUCUGUCUAUUGGACCUCACUGACUGCAUGUUGGGGGAGGGGCUCAUUGUUAUGAACACCCUUUCUCUUGUAAACUCAUUUAUCAUACUCUAGGUAUGCUAUGUAACGAGAAGUGGUGGGAUAUGUACAGAAGAUCAGUAUUUUGCUUUCCAUAUCAUUUCUAACUAGUCUUGUAGGUGGAUCAGGGAGUGGACAGGAAGAUAAGUAUUUUGUUAAUUUAAUAGUUACUGACCCUAACCUUACAGGUGAUGGCGCAUGGACGCACAAGAUAAGUUCAUUUACUGUUAUCCAUUGCAGCACAUCAUCUAGUUCCUUGCAGGUUCUGUUCUGGAUGAACAUUAUUUGUGAUUAUUAAUUUUUGUUAGAUUUAAUACGCUGAUUAUUGCAUAAUAAAGUUUGCAAGUUAUUUCGAUGUUUCCUGUGUUGACCCUUACCAAGUCCACAUGGUCAUAAAUAAAUAAUUAUGAGUUCUAAUCAAGACCUCUGGAAGAUCCUGACAGGCCAGUCCUCCCUCAGGGAGCCAGAGCUGGUGCAGGCAGAAAUCUGCUCAGACAAAGCUCUUGCUAAACUAGGCCAUGGCAUAGGCCAUUACACACCUCCAAGGUACUGUACACACACACCACACCAUGGUAUAGGCCAUUACACACCUCCAAGUGCCAAGUCUGCUGGGGAACUCAAGAAGCAGGUCAAAGGUCACCAUCUAGAGUUUGUGCUGUGUGUGAGUGAGGUGCUUGGAUUGGACCAAUGUCAGAGCAAUGAGAUAUACGAGUUGUUCCUGAGUGGUGUAUACCGAGGCUCUCUGACCGAGCUAGGACAGGAGAUGGGAGAUGAUAAGAGACGCGGAGUAUUGUUGAAUAGUGUGAGGUCCUUCUAUCACAGUGAGAGGACACACCUCCUCCGCUGUGUUCAUCACCUCCUCUCAUACUGGCAGGACUCUAGUCACCCAUAUCAGGACGUGUAUAGAGUGUGUGUGGAGGCAAUGGACCCCAAGGCAAGAGGACUCAUCAUUAAAGGAGUGUGGGACCAGUACCGGACUUGUAUCAAGGUGUCCACUCCAGCUCAUGUUACGGGAGAGCAUGAUGAAAGUGUGUGGGUGAUCCAGAGCCUCAGGGAGCAAGUGUUGUUGUUAGAGACAGUGCUACUCUACUAUAAGGACUACCAACACCCGCCCACCACACUCCUACACACUGUCCUCAUCAUGCAGGAGCAAGGGUUUGGAUCACGGCAGACUAACAGAGUGAGCUUGAUACCAGGAGCACAGCCCAUCAUCCAGCACAUCAACCACUUGUGUGCUCUGAUCCUGGUGGAGGCUGUGGACCUGGACUAUGUCUACCAGUACAUGACUGAUCACAGCAAGUUACAGUCUCAUCAUCUCAAGGACCCUAGUGCCACUGCUAUUGUCAAGAGCAUAGACGAGCAGCUUAGCAAGUGGGGGGACAUGCAAUGCCACGCCCCCUUCCUCCUCUCCUGGAUGCUACUACAAUACACUACACAGUCGACUGACUCGGAGCACUAUCAGAUACUAGGCAACCAGGCCCUCCAGUGUGGUGUGUUUGACUACCUGCUCUCUAUUCUAGACAGCCCAUCUUUCACUGGGAGCAUGCCACUAGCCAGUCUUGGGAAGGCCCUGGUACACACUCUACUCUCUGUGGCCAUAUCAUGUUUCAGUGAGACAUCACUCGGAGACCCCGCCACCCUAAUUGCCAUAGCAACCAAGACCUUAACACACCCUCGGCUACAACUGGAGUUCUGGGAGGAGUAUGGUGGCGACUGUACCCGUGGUGUGGGUGUACUCUUGUCAACAGCACUGGACAACUUUCCUCUGGAGACACCAUUCCAGUUACUCAUCACCCUCUCUUCCCACGCUCACACAGCACACAGCCUCACCGCCCACCUCCACAACCUACACUCCCUCACACUAGCCCUGGACCACCGCUGGAGAGUAGCUUAUCGAGGUCAUGAUCUUGUCUUAUUGGAGGAAGUCACAGUGUUUGAGCAAGAGGCUCGUUGUGUGGGCGGGGCUCCACUGUAUCUAUCAGCAGGAACUAGAGGAGCUCCACUCUCCGCUGGGGGUCAAAGGUCAGAUACAGUACGCUGGGAGGUGGAUUGUUCUGCUCUGCAAGUAUUUGCUUUCCUCACAGCAUCACUAUUGUCACUGCCGGGGGUGGGUGUUGAUUCAACGCAGCAUCCUUUAGUUGCUAUGGUUACUGACAUUGCACGCCUAGUGACCGUCAUUCUGAGCAGUGAUUGGACGCUCAACGAACACUUUCAACCAAUCACAUCGCAAUACUUUACCAUCAUUCAGAAAUACUCAUCCCUCCCACAACUGCCCACACAGUUGAUUGCUGCCACUCUCAAGUGUAUUGCCGUCAUGCUGAGAAAUAACCCCUCUCACGUGUGGGAGAGGCUGGGACGUACUGGGUUCCUGCCAUACAUCUCUGGACCUGUGACAUCAUAUGACAGUGUUCCAGUGGCCCCUGGACACUAUGGUCAUAUCCUCAACACUUGGGAGAGGAGUAGAGGUGUGUACGCUGUUACCAUGGCAAUGUUGGACCUCCUGUUGGGCCUGUACGAGGAUAGUGUUGCCAUGGAUACUGAGGGUGUACUAGCGUGUGUGGUGUGGGUGUGUCGAGAAGUGAUGUCCACUUGUCAAGGAUGGAGACACACCAGCAGAGGCAGUCGAGAUGAACUGGCCCACCAGCUACUAGUGUUGUGUCAUACAAUCCUCAAGACCCCAACAAGUGGGCAUGUGGGGACCUAUAUCUCACACUAUCUACUACACUCUCAUGGUCAUCGUACUCUCGUCUCAACACUUUCAUUAGGAGUGGGUGUGGUCAAUAGGUUGCUUAGCAACCAACAAGGCCCACCCCCCGUUCAAGUGGAGUCCCUUAAACUGGCGUUCCAAAUAAUAGCCACCCUCUUAAACAACCCAUCUGAGGAACCCACUGCAUUGGAACAUGCUCUCACCACACAGUCCCUUAAACUGGACACACCCACUAGUGGGCGUGGCACUUCCCUUGUACAUCUUGUAUCUGUUAUAGCCUCGUACAUUGAUCACCAUGGCGACCCUCACGUCCCAAUAGGUGCUACUAAACUGCUGACUCGGCUAUCUCUGGUGUCCCCCAUGUCCGUGUUUGCUUGUCUAGGGGGUGGGGCUACCUUGGCCAGAGAUGCUUUCAUAGGAAGAUUGCAAUCAAGAGUAGAGGAGGUUGAGCUGAAAGUGUGUGUGUUGGAGUUGGUGCGUGUGUGUGUUCAGUGUCAGCCCGGCAUGGCAGAACUCUUCCUGUGUGUGCGGCCCUCGUCAACAGAGGCUGGAGGGUACACUUUCAAUCAGAGUAGCUGUCUCAAAGCUGUCCUCGAGAUAAUAGCAUCUGCAACCAAACAAUCGAAGGGUCCCUGCCCCACUGUACUGCAUGAGGCAGCCCUGUGUCUACUAGUGUCUCUGUGGGAGGGUCGCCAUGAUGCUGCUCUGAUAGCACUCAGGAGCACUAAGGACUUCUGGUCCCACCUCACAGCUCCACUCUCCACACCCCCACUCUCGUGGAGGGGUGGUGGUGGUGUGCGUGUGGUCGCUGCUGUUAUGAGGAUAGUGACAAUGGAGACCUACAGCACAGACACCAAGUCUCAACUAGACAAGGACCUGCGUGACGUUGUGGCAGGGCUGGGAGUAAAGGUUGAAUCUUGGAUUGAAAUGCUAAGCUGUGAGGACAGUGGACUGUUGGAGUUCUGCCGUGCUCUCUCUGCUCUCCUUCUCGUUCUUAGUGCCUCCCCCAAGACAAAGGAAACCUUCCAACUUCCAUCAUUGAGAUCGUCCAUUCUUAACAAGCUGAUAAUCUCAUUGGACGCUCAUCUGACACACCUCAAUGUUGCCAUAGCAACUGAGCUGAGUACACUAUAUCUGGUGCUGUAUCGAAAGUGGUCCAAUAACGUGGACAGUUGUCAUGACAACAAAGCGUUGUCAGUGGUGAGCCAAGUUCUACUGAGCAUGCCCGGUGCAUUGGCCACACCCCUUUACGCUAUUACCCUGGCCGUCCUCCAGUCAGCACAGCGCUCUCGCAGUAGUCUGGAUGGACGCUGCUGUGGAGCAUUGAUAACAGCCAUUGCACACACGCUACAGAAUAGUCAACAAGAAGAAGAGGGAGGGUGUGUGGUCAAGGCUGAUGUGAUGGCAGUGCUGGCAUUGAAUGAGAUGGUUCGAGCUCACUCUCCUGCUAGCUGGCUCCAUCCUCUGGCACACACAUCUCUGACCACCAUUCUUAUUAGACGUGUGGACACUCUCUUAUCACAUGACCCUCCGCAGUCUGUACAGUCCUGUCUAGUCACUCUCCUAGGACUGGCUCAACAGAGAGAGGGAGCAGAGAGUCUACUGAUGAAUGGAAUAUGUCACACUCUGUGUAUCUCAGUCCUCCCUGAGCAUAAGGGAGAGCUUUGGUUAUUAGCUGUAAAGCUGACCACUUCAUUACUCCAGUCACUGGGACAUCAGUUCCUCUCUCAUGCUCUGGACUUCGUGGGUGUGCAUCAAGAGAGACUAGCCGCUAGCUUGGAUCUAUAUCAGACCAUUAAAGACCUCCAGUGUCUACAAGAGAGUGAGGUUGUGUGUCGAUUCUUUGUGACCCUGACACGCUAUAAGUCCCGCUGGGCCUACUCCUCCCCCUCCCUAGUGGGCUCUCUGUUAGAGGCCCUGGUGCACCUCAGCACUGGCACAGUAGCUCUCCUUAGUAAGAGAGCAGCUCUCAAGCAUAUCAUCAAGACCAUGUACUCUGCUGGGCUGCUAGCGCCUGAUGUGGCCCCUGUUACCACGGUGACUAGGCGUAAGAGCAUUGGUCGCUCAGUGUCACUGGAUCAGUGUGUACUAGACGACUCUCUCCUCACAUCCAGUCCUGCAUUCAGUCAACUACAAGACGGACUGGUGAGUAUCCUCCUGUCCUCACUGUGUUCCCUGAGGCACUUCUCUCCUCCCCUGGAUGCCAUGCUCCUGGACGGGGUGUUGGAUCUUGUCGAGUAUCCACCAUUGUUUGGUCUGUCACUGGACCCGCCCAUUCUGGACAAUACCAUGCCCCCUUCCCUCGGCACACUCACCUCCUGUCUAUCAACUGUACUAGCCCUACUCAACAAGGUUGACCCUGGCUCCCCCACCAAGUCACUGUCCCAGUGUGUGGGGAGUGGGCGUAGGUCUCGUCUGGUGAUGUUACUAGAGGUGGGCGUGUUCCUCACACUCUCACAGAGCACACGCUAUCUUGUCGACCCUUGUCUCGAUCAUCGUGACAAACAACAGCUCAAGAAAGAGCUGGCCAGUGAAUUGAGCACAUUCCUCAACUCUCUGCUGCUCAACUUCUCUCGUAAAGGUGCCCCCUCCCCAAGUAAAGGGGCCACACCCACUCACAGGACCACACCCACUCGUACCCUCACUGAUAGUGGCUCCUCUGGCAGACUCAGCUCAUUAGCCUUCAAUGAAGAGCAAGGAUUGUUCAGACUAUCUGACACUUUUAUCAAACAAUACCUUAGAUAGAUCAACUGCGCAUGCAUGUCCUGUAUAUUAUUAAUUAUGAUGCGCUGAUGCUCAA